AUGGCAUCCCUAUACCACAUUGGCAGUGCCACAAAGCAGCAAAUUCAAAAAUUUCGUAUAUCUACGUCUAGAUCAGAAAAGAUUAGGUUUCUUCCCAUCAAAAUUGAACCCAAACCAUCAUAUGAGAUUGUGAUUGACGAGGAAUCCCUCGAAGAACUGGAAGACGCCGAAGAAUUAAGUGGCCUGACAGAUGCACUGCCAAAUAAUUGUCCCAGAUUCCUACUACUAGCCUACCCAAUAACUAAGAAAGAUGGUAUAAAACAAGUCCCACUGGUCCUUCUGUACUGGAAACCGGCAACCGUGGUUUCACCAGAAUGGAAGAUGCUCUACGCGGGUGCUCUUGAGCAGGUAAGAAGUGAGUGUGCACCACGACAACUAGUCGAGGUCAGUUCAGGACUAGAAGAAGAGGAAGAUAUUGAAGAACUGCAGAAGCAGAUUGAAGCAAAUUGA